ACCUCUACCUCUGCAGUACCUCAUUUCUCCCUGUGCCGGCACGGGAAACACGCAUACUUUCUGCUUUUCUGCCUGCUGGCUCUCCUCCAGCAUCCUUCUGUGCCUCUUGUGUGUUCUCCUCCCCCUCCAGCCUAUGUCUCCCCCCCACCCAUGGGGUUUGUUGGCCAGCCUGGUUACCUGACUAUUCCUGCUGCUGUUAAAGGAGUGGAGCGGUCUGACACAACGCUGCUACCCUGGUGCCGCUCUGCCUCGCUACUCCUCUAUGCCUUUCGCCUCACACUCUGCUUUGCUGGAUAAUUACCACUGUGUCUGCCAGAGACAGCGACAGAGGACAGGAGAGGAGGGAGGCAAAGAAACAGAGAGGCUGCACUCUUUGUUCAACUGCUGCAUUCUUCAGUCUUUCCUUUCCUCUGCUUCCCCGGGCUGCAGGAGAGCAGUGCAAGGAACAACUUGAUGUGAGAAAGCUCCCUAAAGGAAUUUUAUCCUUCUCUCUUUUGCGCUUCCUCAUUCUGUUCAUUCCUGGGACAGAGUGCAGAGGAGGAGAGAAGAGGGAGGGACUGAGAGCAAGACUCUGCCUUCAGCUGCACAGCUCAGUGUCCCACCUUGGUCCAGAGGCACAUAAGUCAAACACUCACAGUGACUGGCAGACAAGGAGACAGACUGACAGAGACACACAUUGUAUACAUAUAGACAGGCAGAGAAGAACAGAGACAGACAGGUGGCGUAGGUGUCAUGGCGUCAGUGGACAGCACUGGUUCAAGUGUCUCUGGUCGACUGAGAUCAGGGGAUCUACUUCACGCUGGUCUGGCAGUUGCACUGCUGCUUGGCGUAUGGACUGUUGGUGGACUGGAAGUUUCCACAGGUAAAGUGUCUUCAAUCGAAGCAAUGAAUGGCUCCACGGUUUUGUUGCCCUGCACAUACUCUUCAUGUAUUGGCAUCGAAAAUCUCUACUUCAACUGGCAAUAUAAUGACAAUGGAACUCUCAUAAAGUUAUGUGAAGCGUUGAUCCCUAUGGAGGGUGUGGAGCCGAAGGUCCGUGUGUCCCAUGAGCGUGUUGAGUUUGUCGGCUCCUCAAAGAGUAACAACAUUUCGAUCUUGCUAUGGAAUAUCACCUUUGAAGAUGAAGGAGAGUACAUCUGUUUUGCCAGGAAUCCAAAAGAGAAGAACCGAAACCACAGUGCUAUCUUCACUCUUAUAGUGGUGGAUCAAAUGAAGGAAGUUGACAACACUUUGACAAUCAUUAUUGUCUCAGCGUUGGGUGGAGUCAUAGGCUUAGUUAUCAUUGUCAUGGUGAUAAAGGCUGUUGUUGUUCACUUCCUGCAGAAGGAUGAUGAGAAAAAUAAAGAGUGCCUAGUGAGCUCCUCAGGGAAUGACAACACAGAAAAUGGUCUUUCAGGAGCCAAAACUGAAAACAAAGGGACACCAAAGGCUUGAACAAAAUGUUAAGUAUGCCUACAUGUUUGUAUAUAUGUUAGACAAAUGUACACACUCAGCGAAAAAUCAAUUAUCUUACUAGCGGCUAACAAAAACAACUUGUAAAAAUGUCUAUUUUAAAUCAUGCUUGAGAUUUGGGAAGUGUGAAGUGUGCAUAGGCCUGGAUCUCUCUCACUUACCAUGGUAGCCCAUUUGUUCCACUGUACAGCUUCUGCUCCACUUUCUUCACAUUGCAAUCUCCAAUUUAUGCAGUUGAUGUGUUAUUUUUUUCUAUGUACUUUCUUACUAUCUAAUAACAUUCACACUACGUUAAAGCAAAAACGCAUCACAAGGCCGAAAUCUUUUUUAUACACCCAAUGUCAGUAUUCAGUUUCCAGUCCAAAACAUGCUUUACAGUAUCAGCUGAGAAGCUACAAUAUGUUGGAUUCUUAGUCUGGAACUCUACAACUCCAAGUGAAACUUGGACUUAGAUAUACUCAACCAGUGGGAACAAAUAUCUUUGAUGCCAUGUUGAACUGCCAUAAUGAAAAACUGCCAGGAUGUCAGUCAAAGAACAGCACAACACUGCUCAAAUUCUUUCCCUUAGCUCUCAAAUGAUAUAAACGCACCUGGAUGAAAAUAAGCCAGGUGGUAACUGACUAGAAGUUUGGUUAUAAAGAAAAGAUAAAUUUUUUUUGUCCCAAUCACAUAAAUUGUUUAUAAAUAAAAUAGGAAG